AUGAGGCUACAUAGAAAUCAUUAAGGAGCUAUACAGAUGUUAAAAACAAAAAUAGAAUCCUAUGAGCAUCGUCAUAAAUAACAAAUACUUUGUUAAUUAUUCCCAGAUACUCCAAUGUUAUUAAUUUUGACUAAUUUAAUAGUAAAUGGAUUAAACCCCACUUAGAUAAAGUAAUUUUCACAUCUUAUCAUUUGAAUUAAACUCUAUUUAGUAAGAAUCAAAAACCCACUCAUGUUUAUUAUAUCAUAGAAGGUGAAGUAAGAUUAGAGGAAACAUAAAUAGAAAGGAGAAAACAUUAAAAUGAAAUGUUUGCUUCUACAUGCAUGGCAAAAAGUAGAACUUUACUUAUUAUAUCUGCUGGCUCAUUAGUAGGAGUAUGAUUAUUAUCUAAUUUUAGGAAAUUGAAGCAUUACAUGAAAAACCAUAUCAAACAACAGCCAAAAGCAAUGUUCAUUAUAGUAAAAUACUUUUAAUUCCUGAAACAAUCUAUAUAGAUUUAAAAAAAUAAGAUGAAUUGUAUUAAAGCACUGAAACACAACAUUUAAAGGAUUAACUCAUUUUAAAGAAGAUAAAUUAGUUAAAGAAUCGAUUAGAAUUAUAAGAGGUAUCUCCAGAAAGAGAUUUAUCUCCAUAGACUAAGAUUAGCAGAGAAGACUUUAUAGUCUAAUAAAAUAAAAGAAUAUAGAAGAAACGAAAUUUUGAAUUUAUAAAUUUAACACCAGAAGCUCCUUUGUUUUCUGUUAAAAAAAUAAAACGAGUAGCUGCUCCUGAUGAUAAACCAGAAAAUAGAGCAAGAUCUAUAUCAGCUCCUACUAAAGCUAAAAUGUUAUCUACUAUAAAAAGUAUAAAUAGUAUUGAUAAAAUAUCAAAACCUGAAGAGAUUACCAGAUCUCGUGCUAAUAUAAUAAAUUUUGGAGAAAAAUGUAGACCUGCUUCUCGAAUUUUUUGGUAAUAAAUAUUUCAGAAACUUUGA